UGUGGCUUGUUCUGUUUGGACGAUGCAGGAUUGCUUUAAGCAGUAAGCUUACUGUUUUCAGAUGGCAUUAGCAGCAUCAGUGAUAUAGCUGUGUCAGCCUCCUCGACUGCUGGAUGUCUGUAAUCGCACCGAGGAAACUGUAUUUAAGAUCUGAUAUCUUGAGGGUAAUGACUCCAGCACUUACUGAUGGACAGAAUGGCUGUUAAUGCUUUCUUCACUAGCCCAGAAGAUUUUGAAAGAUAGAUAGGUCUGUGAUAUACUUUGAUAAGACAGGAAAUGCAAUUUUUGGGGGUCUCUGGAAAUAGAAAGGUCAUGCAGCUUGGAACCGGUGAGACAUUACAGUCCCUAAGUCAUCAGAGAAACGAUGAAGAGGCUGUUGUGGAUAGAGGUGGAACUCGCUCCAUUCUCAAGACACAUUUUGAAAAGGAAGAUCUAGAAGGCCACCGAACAUUGUUCAUCGGGGUUCACGUGCCACUGGGUGGAAGAAAAAGUCACCGACGCCAUCGGCACCGCGGGCACAAGCACAGAAAGAGAGACAGAGAGCGAGACUCAGGAUUAGAAGAUGGGAGAGAAUCUCCUCCUUUUGAUACCCCAUCACAAAGGGUGCAGUUUAUUCUUGGAACAGAAGAUGAUGAUGAGGAACACAUUCCUCAUGAUCUCUUUACUGAGCUUGAUGAAAUCUGUUGGCGUGAAGGAGAGGAUGCAGAGUGGAGAGAGACAGCAAGGUGGUUGAAGUUUGAAGAAGAUGUAGAGGAUGGUGGAGAGAGGUGGAGCAAACCUUAUGUUGCCACACUGUCACUUCAUAGCUUGUUUGAGUUGAGGAGCUGCAUCCUGAAUGGCACAGUUCUUCUGGACAUGAGAGCUAACUCCAUAGAAGAAAUUGCAGAUAUGAUUCUGGACCAGCAGGUGGGUUCUGGGCAGCUCAGUGAGGAUGUUCGUCAUAGAGUGCAUGAGGCAUUACUGAAACAGCAUCACCAUCAGAACCAGAAGAAGCUGAGCAACAGGAUCCCAAUUGUAAGAUCCUUUGCUGAUAUUGGAAAGAAGCAGUCUGAGCCCCAUUCCAUGGAUAAAAAUGCAGGUCAGGUUGUUUCCCCACAGGCUACUCCAGCCUGUAUUGAAAACAAAAAUGAUGUGAGCAGAGAAAACAGCACUGUUGACUUUAGCAAGGUUGACCUACACUUCAUGAAAAAGAUACCACCUGGAGCUGAAGCAUCAAACAUCUUAGUUGGUGAACUUGAGUUCCUGGACCGUGCUGUUGUGGCUUUUGUGAGGUUGUCUCCUGCAGUGCUGCUCACAGGGCUGGCUGAAGUUCCAAUUCCAACCAGAUUUUUGUUUAUUCUUCUUGGACCACUGGGCAAAGGCCAACAAUACCAUGAGAUUGGAAGAUCAAUUGCAACACUAAUGACGGAUGAGGUAUUCCAUGAUGUUGCUUACAAAGCAAAAGACCGCAAUGACUUGGUGUCUGGAAUUGAUGAGUUUCUUGAUCAGGUUACUGUUCUCCCUCCUGGAGAGUGGGACCCAACAAUUCGAAUAGAACCACCUAAGAAUGUCCCCUCUCAGGAGAAGCGUAAGAUCCCAGGAGUGCCAAAUGGAACUGCAGCCCACGGGGAAGCAGAACAUCCUGGGGGACACUCUGGACCAGAACUGCAACGCACUGGAAAAUUCUUUGGAGGAUUAAUUUUAGAUAUCAAAAGAAAAGCUCCCUUCUUCUGGAGUGACUUCAGGGAUGCUCUCAGUCUGCAGUGUCUGGCAUCAUUUUUGUUUCUCUACUGUGCUUGCAUGUCUCCUGUCAUCACAUUUGGUGGUCUGCUGGGAGAAGCAACUGAAGGUCGUAUAAGUGCAAUAGAAUCGCUGUUCGGAGCAUCCAUGACUGGAAUUGCCUACUCUCUUUUUGGUGGACAGCCCCUCACUAUACUUGGCAGCACAGGACCAGUUUUAGUGUUUGAGAAGAUCUUAUUCAAAUUUUGCAAAGAGUAUGGGUUGUCAUACCUUUCUCUGAGAGCCAGCAUUGGGCUGUGGACUGCGAUCCUGUGCAUCAUCCUUGUUGCCACUGAUGCAAGCUCCCUAGUCUGCUACAUUACCCGGUUUACUGAAGAAGCCUUUGCUUCUCUUAUCUGCAUCAUUUUCAUUUAUGAGGCCUUAGAGAAGCUGUUUCAUCUCAGUGAGACAUAUCCAAUCAACAUGCAUAAUAAUUUGGAGCUGCUGACAAAGUACUCAUGCAAUUGCGUGGAACCAGAACAUCCUAGCAAUAAAACCUUAAAAUACUGGCAGGACUACAAUAUAUCUGCAUCUGAUGUGCCAUGGGGGAACCUAACUGUGUCAGAAUGUAAAAAGUUUCAUGGUGAGUUUGUUGGACGAGCCUGUGGUCACCAUGGCCCUUAUGUUCCAGAUGUUCUCUUCUGGUCUGUCAUCUUGUUCUUUUCUACAGUGACGCUCUCAUCCACACUGAAGCAGUUCAAAACCAGCCGAUACUUCCCGACAAAGGUACGCUCUGUUGUCAGCGAUUUUGCUGUCUUUCUCACUAUUUUGUCCAUGGUUUUAAUUGACUAUGCCAUUGGAAUUCCAUCACCAAAACUUCAGGUUCCAAAUGCUUUUAAGCCCACCAGAGAUGAUCGUGGCUGGUUUAUUACUCCUUUGGGGCCUAAUCCUUGGUGGACAGUGAUAGCUGCUGUAAUUCCAGCCCUGCUUUGUACUAUCCUUAUCUUUAUGGACCAGCAGAUCACAGCUGUCAUUAUCAAUAGAAAAGAACACAAACUAAAGAAAGGAUGUGGAUACCACCUCGACCUACUCAUGGUGGCAGUGAUGCUUGGUGUGUGCUCUAUUAUGGGAUUGCCGUGGUUUGUUGCAGCCACUGUCCUCUCUAUUUCCCAUGUGAACAGCUUAAAACUGGAAUCAGAGUGCUCUGCUCCAGGGGAGCAGCCAAAAUUUCUUGGAAUCCGGGAGCAGAGAGUCACAGGGCUCAUGAUUUUUGUCCUUAUGGGCUCAUCUGUCUUUUUGACGAGUAUUCUAAAGUUUAUUCCUAUGCCAGUACUUUAUGGAGUGUUUCUUUACAUGGGUGCUUCAUCUCUAAAGGGAAUUCAGCUUUUUGACAGGAUAAAGUUAUUCUGGAUGCCUGCAAAGCACCAGCCAGAUUUUAUUUAUCUAAGGCAUGUUCCUCUUAGAAAAGUCCAUCUCUUCACUAUAAUUCAGCUGAGCUGUCUUGUGCUUCUCUGGAUUAUAAAGGUUUCAAGAGCUGCCAUUGUCUUUCCUAUGAUGGUCCUAGCUUUGGUGUUUGUCCGAAAACUCAUGGAUUUCUUUUUUACCAAGCGGGAGCUCAGUUGGUUAGAUGAUUUGAUGCCUGAGAGCAAGAAAAAGAAGCUGGAAGAUGCUGAAAAAGAGGAAGAGCAAAGUAUGUUAGCAAUGGAAGAGGAAGGGACUGUUCAGUUACCACUAGAAGGACAUUACAGAGAUGACCCAUCUGUGAUAAACAUUUCUGAUGAAAUGGCAAAAACUGCUGUGUGGAAGACACUGUUGAUAUCCUCAGAGAAUGCAAAAGAUAAGGAGUCAAGCUUUCCUUCUAAAAGUGCUGAAAUCAGAAAAGAGAAGAAAGCUGACUCAGGGAAAGGUGUUGACCGGGAGACUUGUCUAUGACUUGCUCUUCAAGUAAUUUUUUUUUACAAACGAAUUAAAGGAGUGCCACAACCACUAAAUAUAAUGAUUUACCUUGUAACUUUUGUCUUUCAUCUCAAACUAGCACAGGUAAUGUAGUGCAAUACUUGUCUCAUUCCACCUUGUCUACCUUGUCUAGUAUCAAUGUAAAUGUCUGCAGUAGCCAAAGCAAAAAAUCUUUGUGUUCGUUGCUGAUCUUGGCCAUUUAUCAGUACUUGUAUCAGAAAUGUAAGAAGCAAAUUUUCUUUCAAAUUCAACUUUCCUGUUAAUAGGUUUGUACUGUAUUUUGCUACCUUUUCUGUGUGAGAAUACUUAAUAAUCUUGAUUCAAGAUGAACUUGAAAACCCUUGUUCUAAUUUUUUUUUAAAUCACCUAACUAGUAAAUUAUUUCAGGAGACCCAAACUGACAAGCAAACAUUAAGAAGUUUAUAAAAUAACAACUGAUCUGACCCUGUGAAGAAGCUAACAAGGAUAAUCUUUCCUCCUUAAUCUGUCCUUUUGAAGUCAUGGAUUACUUCUGCAAUGUGAAUUGCAGGGUCAGAUUCUGUAUUUGUGAAGUUUUCCUUGAUUUAAUACAGUGUAUUUAAUAUUAAAAUUUGUAUG